UACAGUCAGUUGCGGAUAUAUUUCUUCUUGAUAUAGUAGUUUGAUAUAAUAUUAUUAUAUAUAAGUAUAUUAAACAUGGCUAACUCACAUCAGAGUUGGAUAAUUCAUAUCUUUUCUAUGGCUAUAUUUUUAGCAAGUGUGCAUCUAGGAUGUGAAGGUGAUAGCAGUUCCGAGUAUAAGCGGGUAUGCUAUUACACAAACUGGUCUCAGUACCGUCCUGGACAGGGUAAAUACACGCCAGAAAACAUCGAUGCCAAGCUAUGUACGCAUAUCAUCUAUGCUUUUGCCAAAGUCGUCAACAGUGAAUUGAAAACAGUUGAAUGGAACGAUAAACAAAUGUUUCAGAAACUACAGCAACUAAAAGUUUCUAACCCGCGUCUCAAAACACUUAUUGCUGUUGGUGGAUGGAACGCUGCAAGUACCGAGUUCACAAGGAUGGUAUCGAAAAGACAAAACCGACAGAAAUUUAUUGAAUCAUCCGUUUCUUUUCUACAAACAUUUGGUUUUAACGGCCUUGACCUUGACUGGGAGUAUCCAACGAAACGUGGCGGAAAACCAGAUGAUAAGAAGAACUUCGCCCGUUUAGUUAAAGAAAUGAAGGGGAAAUUUAAUAUGAAUGGAUAUUUACUGACAGCGGCAGUACCAGCGGGUAAAAAGAACAUUGAUGAUGGAUAUAAAGUUAAAUCACUUGCAAAGAAUCUAGACUUUAUAAAUUUAAUGUCUUAUGAUCUUCAUGGAUCCUGGGAGAAAACAACGGGAGAGAAUUCCCCUCUGUAUCCUAGGAAGAAAGAGUCAGGUGAAAGUCGACAAUUAAACAUGAAUUGGGCAGCGCAAUACUGGACGAGAAAAGGAGUUCCUAAAAACAAACUUAUUAUUGGCAUGGCAACGUACGGACGCUCCUUUACACUUACAAACCCCGCACAGAAUACAAUUGGAGCCCCAACUAGAGGAGCAGGUCAAGCGGGGAAGUUCACCAGAUCCGCUGGUUUCCUUUCAUAUUACGAGAUUUGCCAGAUGCAGGAAACUGGACAUGGUCAAGAGUAUUGGGACGAUGAACAAAAAGUACCUUACUUCGUCGACGGAUCGCUUUGGGUUGGGUAUGACAAUGUGAGGAGUAUCACGGAAAAGGUCAAGUGGUUAAAGGACCAGGGUUUCGGUGGUGCUAUGAUAUGGUCAUUGGACCUUGAUGACUUCAAAAAUACGUGCAGGUCUUCGGGGCGGCCAUAUCCGCUUCUCGGUGUGAUAUAUGACCUUUUAACAUCCGGUAAGGUUAAAACCACAACACCUUCAAGCAAAGGAACAACAUCACAAAAUCGAACAACAUCACAUACGACUCGCCCAAAAACAUCAACAACUUUGCCAACAAGGUCAACGACACAUCAUGGGAAAGAGUUUCGAUGUACUUCAAGAACAGACGGAUUCUACCCUGACCCAGUGUCUUGUCGUCAUUUCUACAGAUGUGUCGACCAUUUUGCUUUUCAUUACAUAUGUCCAAGUAACUUGUACUUCAAUCCCAAACUGCAACUCUGUGACUGGCCAGACAACGUGGACUGUAAAAACGACAAGGACUUUUGAAAUUGAAUAUCUAACUGGAGACACAUUCCGUUUCUGCUUUUAUUGUUUAUAAAUAUUUAAACUGAAAUAUAAUUAUGUUCCUUUUUUUGUAUAGAAACUUCACAGAUUAUAAGUCGUAUCUUUGA